AUGAUGGACAAGGGCCUGAACAACAAGCUCAAGAGGCUUCUCUCCCUAAUGGAGGCUCAGCUGGAGCUCACCAGACAAGGUCAACACAAGGAGUGCCUACACUGCACUCACCUGAGUGAAGAAGAGACAAUUGAGCUCUCCCACUCAAAAGAUCAGGCAGGAGGGGACAAAUCCAUGAUAGGAGACCUGCCCACACCAACCCUGGCAUUGCAACCAAGGCAAGCAGUGUCAUUUGCUGACUUGGAUGAGCAGUCUGGCAUCAAUUACAAGAAGUAUGCUUCCCCCACCAGGCCUAGAUACUUCAAGCCCUGGGUGGACCCAUACAACAGGCCUAGGAUGCAUCCUUAUGGCCUGGAGCAAGAGGAUGAUGCUAGUGCAACAGGAGACCCCAACCUAUUGCAAUCAAAGCCAAUCACCACCCCAUUCCCCAAGUUCAAUCUAAGAGAUGUGGAAAUCUUCAUUCUUGAAGCUGAAGCCUGGUUCAAGUUCAAUCAGGUUUAUGAGCAAGCACACAUGAUCAACCACAUGGGUGCUCAAUUGGAAAGGAAUGCUUGCAAAUGGUGGACCUCCAAACUCCACAUUGACAGAGCACAAGAAGGGAGACUGUUCCAUGACUGGCACUACUUUACUGAGUGCCUAGCAGAACAGUUCAAUCCCUGGAAUACCAGAAUGGAGGCCUACAACAAGUUGCUGGCUGUCCAGCUUACUAGUGAUGCACCAGGUGCUGCCACACACCAUGUAGAAGGCUUCAGAGACCUGGAAGGGCAAGUCAACCUGGAUGAUAACAAACUAGUUAUUGACUUAUUCAGAGGCAGCCUCACACACAGCCUGCAAGAGAAGUUUGAGCAGAACCCACCCAUGAAAAGGUGGGAAUGGUACUGGGAGGUCAAAGAGUUUGACUGGCAAAGGAUGCUUCUACAGCAAUCUGCUGCUAGACAUCCAAGCACCACUCUGCCAUGA